ACUGCGCAUGCGUUUUGAGCGGUGACACUUCCAUAGCAACCAAAGAAGACAACAUGGCAAAAGCAACUACUAUUAAAGAGGCAUUGGCGAAGUGGGAGGAAAAAUCAGGAGAGAAAGUCGGUGAGGCUAAAGCAGUGAAACUAUAUGGCCAAAUUCCUCCAAUUGAAAAGAUGGACGCCUCUCUCUCAACCCUUAUGAACUGCGAGAAACUGUCGUUGUCAACGAACUGUAUUGAAAAAAUUGCCAACCUGAACGGGUUAAAGAAUUUGAAGAUUUUAUCCUUGGGCCGAAACAACAUCAAGAACCUUAAUGGACUAGAGGCAGUAGGGGACACUUUGGAGGAACUCUGGAUCUCCUACAAUCUCAUUGAGAAGCUGAAGGGAAUCCAUGUCAUGAAGAGGCUCCGAGUUCUGUACAUGUCCAACAACUUAGUCAAAGAGUGGGGGGAGUUUGUGAAACUGGCAGACCUUCCAUCACUGAUAGACCUGGUCUUUGUGGGGAAUCCUUUAGAAGAGAAGUACUCUGCUGAGGGGACGUGGAUAGAUGAGGCCACUAAAAGAGUCCCCAAUCUAAAGAAACUUGACGGGACCCCAGUGAUUAAGCACGAAGAGGAAGAAAGAGAGGGGGAGAGUUAACAGAGUCUGCUUUAAAAUCUUCUCAGUGGUACAAUUUUUAAAUGACUCCAAUGCCAGAAUGUUAGCAAUUAAAACGGAAUUCCACUAGUUUUCCAAAGUUUCUGCAUAAUUCAGUCAUUGAAAUGUAAACAAAGUCAUUCAGAGUUGUUUGAUGUUAAAUGCUGUGGUGUAUAGAAACCUCCUGGUGCUGAUAGGAACCAGAGGUCAUGAUGUCGACAGUGCAAAUAUAUCCGCUUUAUUUGCUAUUUACAAUGAUCAGCGAACCUACAUGUGUCUCAUGAGUUUUAUAUGUAAUGUUGAUAAUGGUGAAAUACUUUUAAAUUUUAAAAUCUUUGGGUACUAUUUUGCCUUAAAACUACCUGCAUAUACCUCUCUGUCCUGUAUGUGUUUGAGGCCAACGCUUGUUUUAAAAAUAUUGUAGCACAAUGUCUCAGGCAAUAGGCAAUGCCUAACCAUUUCAUGUAAUAACUUUCUGUAAGGUAGUUUUUUAAAGGUAUUCGCUUCAGAUGUCUCAUUCUUAUCACCACAGUUCUGAACAAUUCUGACUCUGUAAGUUUGUCUAAAAUGGUACAUUUCACAUAAAUCCACUCUUAGUGACUUUUCUUACAUGCUGACAAUUGAAUUGAAACAAUUACAAACAAUUCAAACAAUUGCAAGAACUUUGAAAAAACAGUGAAAUUUCUUUUCAAUGCAGAUUUUUAUAUGUUGACUUGAUGUGUAUAUAU